CAUGGUGACCGCGGGGCAGGCGCUGGCGCUGGCGCUGGCGGCCGCGCUCUGGGGUGGCACUGCCCCGUUCCUCAGGGCUGCAGCCGCGGGCAUGGAGCAGCAGCGGGGCCGGGGCCGCCUGCAGCAGCUGCUGGCCGAGCUCCUCUUCCUCAGCCUCAAGUGCCAGUACCUGGUGCCCUUCCUGCUCAACCAGGCUGGAUCCCUCCUCUUCUACCUCACCCUGGCCUCCACAGACCUGGCCCUGGCUGUGCCACUCUGCAACUCCCUGGCGUUGAUUGUGACCUUGGUGACCGGGAAAAUCCUGGGGGAGGACAUUGGUGGGAAAAGAGCCGUGGCAGGAAUGCUGCUCACCAUCCUGGGAGUGUCCCUGUGCGCGGCUGGGACCUGAGGGAGCAGCAGAACCUGACCUGACCUGACCUGAGGGGGCUCAGCCACACCUGGGAAGGAGUUUUGGGAUGGCAAAACCCAUGGAUUGCAUUCCCUGAGCCACCAGGGCGGCACCAGGGCCCUUGCAAGGAGAGGUUUUUGUGCCCGGAGGGAUUUUGGGUGGAAAUUGUCUCGUGCAGCGCUGGAGGGGUAAGAAAUGGUGAAUAAAUCAUCCAGUGUGACCUCCUGGCA